GCUGUGAUUGCUCCCUGGGUCUGGAGAGGAAACUGUUUGGUGGGGCGGGGGCCGGGUGGGGGGCAGGGGAUGGGUUGGGAGACUGAGGAGGAAGGAGGCUGGCCUGCUUGGGAUGGGAGGGGGAGGUGGAUUUUCCACUCAUGGAAGGGGAGGAAAGGGCAGAGGGUGGGGGCUUCCUUGGGAAGCUCAGGGAUGAGUCACCCAGGGCCCGGGGAGUGGAGGGUGGAUAGGAUAUGGAGACCAGGGGCGCUGGGGACUGGAGGGUGGCCCAGCAACAAUGGAAACCAGCCAAUGCAGCCGCAAGAGGAAUCGGCUCAGACACCAGGAAGACACAUCCAGAGGUCCCCUGAGAAGUGUUAGCAAACCUCCGAGGGGUUGUGCGUGGAGAAGCCCCGGUGCGCAUGCUCUGUCCUGAUGGAGACUUUCAGAAGCUGAGGAGCUGGGAAGCUCAGACAUCAUCUUGCCUGAGUCGGGGACCAGUGACUUGAAGUGCAAACUCUUUCUUGGCAGACAGAGACACUAAGACUCAAGGAGGCUGAGUGACUUGCCUAAGCCUCACAGCUUGGAAGGGGCCAGAACCAGGAUCAGAAGUGGAAUCUGAUGGCUCCAGAGCCUUUCUCUUAACCACUAUGGUACACUCUUCCUUGACAGGAUCCGCUGUUUCCUGAAAACUUCUACCUGUGCCAUUAUGUGGAACAAUAACCUGGCUUCCCGAAUCUUAUUCACUGAAAGAGACUUCUUUUCUCUUUCUUCUCCACACUGAUUCCUGUUUCAUCCCUAGACAGAGACUACUCCGAGGGCAGAGUCUGUGACUCCCCCAUCAGACUGGGGGCAUCCUCUCCUCCAGAGCCGGGUCUCAUGGUGGUGUGAAGUGAGGGGCUGCGCAGGGAAGUGGGUGGAAGCUGAGGUGUGGAGCGUGCGGGAGGGAGCCCAGGGGAGCCCAGGGCAUCUGCCAUCCCAGAUGCGGGAUCCUUUCUGGAAGCAGGUCUCUCUGGAGCAGGAUGGCCCAGGAGCUCAGCGAGAAGGAGCUCCUGAAGAUGGAGGUAGAACAGCUGAGGAAGGAAAUCAAGAACCCAAGGAGUCUGAUUUCCAAGACGGGAAAGGAAAUCAAGGAUUACGUGGAGGCUGAAGCAGGAAACGACCCUCUCCUCAAAGGCAUCCCUGAGGACAAGAAUCCCUUCAAGGAGAAAGGUGGCUGCACCCUAAGCUGAGGGCCCUGGACGCCGCCCCACCCCGACCGUCUGUCCCUGCUCAACCCCGCUCUUCCCCAGGAACCCAGGGCCCCAGGGGUGGGGGGACACUCUCCACCCUCUCUCAGCCACAGCAGGAGGAGACCCCCAGCCCAUGCACUGGGGAGCCUUGCCCCACUCCUGCCCUUAGCUCUCCACCCCCACACCUGGGUCACUGCGGGCUCCCCUUGGAGGCUCUCGAGGACAGCUACUCUGGCUCAGCAGUUGUGGCACAUUCCAUGGUGGGGUCCGAAGAGCCCGCCACGCCCUGGGACCCCAGACAGCAUCCUUAGAGACGCUGACCCCUCCCUAUAGUCCUCCCGUCUUUCCCGCCACUCUCUUCCUAGGAACCAGCAUUCCUAUUCAUAGUCGUUUGGUGGAGGGCCAGAGUGGGGGGGCCCUUCUUCCCCAUCUUAUGUCUAACCCUGUGGUCUUCCUCCUAGUCACUUAGAUCGCCCCAGAGGGCCUGAGGACAAAAAGAGUUUGUGAUGUCAUGAGGUCACGCUCUAUUUAAUGUUGUGGGGUGUCUGUUGCGUGCUGGGCACUGGGGAGGGCAGAGUAGCAGUGCUGACACGGCGGGAACAGAGUUGGCAGUGAGGUCAGUAAGCACUUCUGUGCAGAAAGGACCAUCAGUGGCGUGGGCCACAUGGCAGACAGACACCCAGGGCCAUGGGCAAGGUCCGAGGGAACUGUUGCAGCCAGCGGGCCGUGGGGAGGAACGGGGCACACAGAGGCCCAAGAGGGAGAUGCGCGAAGCCUUAAAGGACCCCCGUGAACUCAGUUAAGAACUGUGUUCUCCACCUGCCGCGACAGGCAUGAAGCAGCCAAGGGACAGGAUUUGAUGAGCAGGAGGGAGGCUGGCUCCUGGCUAAGGAGGACACGGAUUCCUGGGCCUUGUCAGCAAGGAGAUUAUGGUUUUAUGGAACCACAGAAGUGAUGAGGGCACAGAAGGCAAGGGCAAGCUGAGAACAGGGCAUAAGCUGACACCCCGUAACCCCGCAUCGCCCUCCCCCAGGUGGGAUCUGUGUGACAUUCCCGCUGCCCUAAAGCAAAGGAAAGGAAAAACAAAUAGUUACUUUCUUAGGGAUCACAGCCCUGCAAGAUAGGAGUCUCCCUUGGUUUACAAAUAUCUUAGCGAUUUACCAGGGGUAAAAAAAAAAAAAGCAUUCUUA